AUGACCAAAGUGCUGACCUAUGUGCUGACCAAUGCCAUGACCAAAGUGCUGACCAAGGUGGUGACCAAAGUGCUGACCAAAGUGUUGACCAAUGCCAUGAACAAAUUGGUGACCAACGUGCUGACCAAAGUGUUGACCAAUGCCAUGACCAGAGUGCUGACCAAUGCCAUGACCAGAGUGGUGCCCAAAGUGUUGACCAAUGUGCUGACCAAGGACAUGACCAAAGUGCUGACCAAUGUGCUGACCAAAGUGCUGACCAAGUUGAGUUCACGGCAGCGGUGA